UGAUCUUUCUGCUCUUCGUCUCUUGUGUCGUUUUCUUUUCUCAUUUCGUCUCUAUAUCUGAACUCUCGGGCACAAAAGAAAGGGCUGAUGGAGAUGUGUCAUGGAGGCAAGAAUGAAAGUACGUAUGUGGGUGCUGGGUAGGUACAGUUGGAAGUGGCAGAAGUAAAAACUUGCGAAAUUUGAACCUGAACGAGGAAAGGAAGUGACCAGCAGAGAGAGCGAGGGAGGAGAUAUGCAGCAGCUUUCCAGCUCUUAUAAGAGUCUUGAGAGGUUGGUAUCACAGAGAGCGCUGGAGAUGAGUUCUUACGUUUCUUGUAAGGUCGGAGUUGUGUGCUUCCUUUGUGGGGUGUGUGUUACAUACCUUCUGCUGGCAGCAAUGACUUCUUUUAGAGGUUUCGAUUUCGAGAGUCUUGUUUCAACCCCUGCUGUAAAGGCAGAGAACGCAACAGGAAGCCUUACUCUGGUUCCAUCUUCUGAUGACACGCCUUUGCGUAGUUCAUGUGUCUAUAUGGCGAUGGGGAGAGGGUCGGGAAUUACAAGAAAUAGAGAUUUGAUUAGUAAACGGAGAGAUUUACUGCUAUAUACUCUAUGGGACUCCUUGCUGGAGGGAAAGGGAACAAGAAGUUCAGGAUUUAAUAGAUCAAAUGUGCCAGAAGCUCCUCAUAUGGAGAACUGCCAGUUCAAUGUACAAAUUCAUCGUAAGCUGGAUGAACGUGGUGAAAAUGGCAGCCUUCCACCAUGGAGGAAUUGGAGGGCAUUGUUAGGCUUUGAGCAGACGCAGAUUGAGAAAGGAGAGGCCCAAGAAGGUGCUUAUCCUCCAUGGAUUGUUGGUUCAGACGAAGAUAAUCUACCACUUACAAGACAAGUGCAGCAAGAUAUAUGGAUGCAUCAGCAUCCAAGAAACUGUAGUGACCCCAAUGUGCGGUUUCUUGUUGCUGACUGGCAAGUGGAACCUGGAUUUGGUCUGGGCGCUCAAAUUGCUGGAAUGUGCGGACUUCUUUCAAUUGCAAUAAAUGAACAAAGGGUUCUGGUCACAAAUUACUUCAACCGAGCUGAUCAUGAAGGCUGCAAAGGACCAGCACGUUCUCGUUGGUCUUGCUACUUUGCGCCUGAAGUUUCAACAGAAUGUAGAAAUCAGGCCAUGAAACUAUUAUGGGGCCAGAAGGCUUGGAGUCAAAAUAUUGUCACGUUGAAGGACAAUUACUCAUCAAAGGCAAUUUGGGCUGGUCGUGUUCCAAGAAUAUGGGGCACACCAUGGGAUGAUCUACAACCCACAACAGAGAUAGAUGGGAACCUGCUUAAACGUCACCGCAAAAUGGAUAGGAGGUGGUGGAGAUCGCAGGCAGUCCGCUAUCUAAUGAGGUUUAGAAGUGAAUACAUGUGUAAUCUGCUGAAUAGUGCUCGGCAUAAAGCAUUUGGGCUUCAAGCUUCGGAACUGGUUAUUGAAACUCUACCAUAUGGUUGGCCAAAGGUAGGUCACGGCAAGCUUCAAGCUGAAAUGGAAAACCAUGUGUGGGCAUACCACAGACCUUGGAUCCCUAGGCCAAUUUUAAGUGUUCAUGUAAGAAUGGGUGACAAAGCAUCUGAAAUGAAGGUGGUUGGUUUUGAAGCUUACAUGCAACUUUCAGAUCGUGUGCGUAGGCGCUUCCCAAACCUUAAGAAUAUAUGGCUCUCUACAGAAAUGCAGGAAAUCAUAGACAAACUAAGAUUCUACCCACAGUAUAAAUUCUAUUAUACAAAUGUGACACGUCAAGAAGGCAACAUGACAAUGGCAGCAUAUGAGGCUAGCCUUGGCAGAGAAAUCAGCACGAAUAAUGCUCUUGUUAAUUUCCUAAUGGCAGCAGAUGCAGAUUUCUUCAUUGGUGCACUGGGUUCAACUUGGUGUUACCUGAUUGAUGGCAUGAGGAACACCGCUGGAAAGAUAAUGGCAGGUUAUCUCAGUGUUAACAAAGACAGGUUCUGGUAAUUUUCUUUUGUGAUGUCUUGUAAGUGCAAAUGGAAGUUUGUGCCUUUUUUUUUCAAGUGGAUCCAUCUCUCUGUGGUCACAAAUUUUGGGGUGUACAGUCUCAGGCAUACAAGGCUUUCCACGUAAGUUGAAAAUUAUUCAAUGCACCUUUGUAGAAGUUGAGUAUUAUUCAAUGCUGUAGAUAUUUGAAGGACAAAAUUAUGCAAAUUGCAAAGGUAGAAAAAUGGUAUCUUCGCAUUUGAACAAACAAAUGUCCUGCACCAUCCGUGAAAAAUGAAGCUAUGGCACUCUGUGAGCCAGCAUUAUCCAUUGGGACUUUGUUUCUGUUUUUGGCAACAUUAACACGCUGUACUGUCCCAUGAAUCUCCUCCAAAAAAUGGGGCAGUUUCAUGGAACAUUAUAACUAGUGUUCUUUGAGUUUUCCAUAUUUUUUGGGGCAGCUUCAUGGUACGGUAACAGUUUGUUAUUAUUUCCAAACGGCCCCUUAAAUAAACUUAGAUGUUUAUCCUUCUAAAUUUCUUCCAUUACAUUUUUUCCACAGAUUUGUUGCAGGUUUAUCUUAAUUUUGUGUUUACAUAAAGACUAUUCAAGUCCAUAGAUAACCCAGUCCCAAUGGUGUUGGUGCCUUGCACCUAAUUUUGAGGGCUGGACCAGCUAGGUUUAGGUUAUUGCCAUUCUUUUCGCUUUUGCAGGAAUGUAAGGUGACUCACCCAAUUCUUUUUGGAUAGUGGGCUUCAUUUAGAGCAAUGACUUAGUUGGGGUGAAGAUCAGGCUGAAGCAUGUAUGAUGUCACUUAAGAAGCCGCAAGGAUGACUAACUUCAUGGUGAUCACUAAUGUUAUUAGCAUAUGACGAUUUUAUUUUCACGUUUUACAAACGCAGAUAAUUUAUUGUGAACAGUUCAGAUCAUUUUCAGAACAUCCGUUGCUUAAAAAAUAUCACAUUUUGCACCAUUGCUCUACCGUUCAAAUUCUCUUUUAUAAUAUUAGUUGUCCUUUAGAGAAACUAAUUAUUCCACCAGCAGAGUAUGACGUUUCUUUCCAGUUUCUUUCUGGGGAUGAGAUUAUUGUCUUUAAUGAAAUUGGGGUGCUUUACAUGCUUAUGAAGAGGCAAGAUCAGCACUCGAUUGCAUGAACAACAGAUUCUGCAGGAGAAUGAACUUGUGGGUCUGAAAUUCUUGAAUAGGUUUUGUCGCUUAGAUGAUCAUGGCGAUCGCUGCGGACCACCUGAUUCAAGGGCCCAUGAGACAUAUACACAGUUCGUCAAGUGUGCUGAACGAAAAGGACUAUCAGAGUGGCUUAUUUCCCAAUUACCACCAUGACUGUGAGUGGUCGUGCUUCUCUUCUUUGUAGGUGAAGAGCAAUGUCCAUGUCAAACAAUUAUCAUGUCAAUGGCAUGCAGGCUGUUCCCCACUUGGGAAAGUUGGUGUUGUGUGUGUGUGAUGGGCUCCUACUAUAAUGGAAUGCUGUCAUAAGCAAAGGCACUGCUCUCUGGUCGUACACCCGGCCCAACAUUCUUGGCAUUUAGUCUGUUUCUGUCCCAAGAUUGCUUAUUGCUCCACUUUUCAACUGUUGUGACAUCUCUCUCUCUCUCUUUCUUCCCCCAUAAUUUUCUUGCCUUUUGCCAGAGCAGGGAUACCAUGUAAGAGAACUUUUAAUUUGUGAUAAAUUAAUUUCUCGGCCCUGCUUUCCAUAUCUGU